UCCAGUCGGGACAUAAGAUGCCUCAGAGAUAGACAAGCCUAAUGACGCAACGGGUUUACUCAAUACAGCUUGAAAUUGUGAGGGACAGGAUAAUACUUGCAGAGUUUCCUAUGACCAAAAGCAGGCUGAGGACUCGGAAACUGUCAGAUAUAACGUGAAAGCCAGAGAGACCCUGCUCCCACUUCUGGAAACAAUCUUCUCCGGACACCAGGGAGCAACAGAUGCAAACUUUCGAGAUGGCAUACCUGAUAUUUCUUUUUCUACCUUGUGUUUUCAGCACGCGGGAGCGCAUAUUCGUCCCUGGGUAUGAAACAGUCAUCUCCAAAGAGCCCUACAGGGAGAGUAGGAAAGCUCUGAUGCCAGUUCUUACUACAACGGGCAAAGAAUGCAAAUUCCCAUUUCGUCAGGGUGGAAGGAUUCAUCAUCACUGCCUCACCAUACUAUCCUCAAGACCAUGGUGCUCCCUGACGCACAAUUUUGAUCGAGACCGGCAGUGGGGCUUCUGCGCACUCGAUAAAACUCAGUCAGAUGUUUUGGUCCACUCGUCACGCAGAGUCACAGAUCCAUGUCAGGUGAAUCCAUGUGAAAAUGGAGGCGUCUGCAUGUCGAUCCCACACAGACGCUCGUUCGAGUGCUCCUGUCCUGAGAGCUUCACUGGGAGACUCUGUGAGCAGAAGAAGUGCUAUGAAACCGUACACCUGCGCUAUUAUGACAUCGGAGAGUCUUGGGGACGAAUUCACCUCCGUAAUGUGGAACAGUGCACAUGUGUGGCAGGGGAAAUCAAGUGUGAAAGAGUUCGCUACACAAUGUGCCGUUCAAACCCUUGUCACAAUGACGGAACGUGUCGAAUGAUCACAGCCACCGGCAAGAAAGUAUGUAACUGCAGACGUGGCUACAGCGGUCCGUACUGCGGCCUCGAGCCGGAGACAGAGUGCUAUAACAACAGGGGCACAGAUUACAGAGGGGUGGUGAGCACUACGGUGUCCGGCGUCCGGUGUGUGGCGUGGAACUCAGACCUGCUGUAUAACGAGCUCCAUGUGGGCACGGUGGUUGGCUCACCCCUCAGGGGCCUCGGCGAACACUCCUACUGCAGAAACCCAGAUAAAGACAAGAUGCCGUGGUGCUACACGCUAAUUGACGGCGCCAUCUCCUGGGAAUACUGUGACGUCCCCUCUUGUGUGAUGCCUGUGUGGGAGAAUCAACCUGCGACAAAAAUGAAAAUAUUCAGAAGAGCUUCUGCACGAAGGAUUAUUCCGUUUAACACACUGCCCGCCAUUAAAAAACCGAGGCCCCCCAAGACGGCCAAAAAGCACGUGUGUGGGAAAAAGCACAAGAAGAGGUUGUCGAUUGCCAGGGGGAGGAUAAUGGGCGGAAACUCAGCUCUGCCAGGUACUCACCCCUGGAUGGCGGCCAUUUACAUUGGACAGUCAGACUUCUGCGCCGGCACUCUGAUCUCCUCUUGCUGGAUCGUCUCUGCGGCUCACUGCUUCUUCCGCAACCCUCUGAAGUCUCAGAUUCGAGUUGUGCUCGGCCAGCAGAGAUACAACGUCACCGAUCCCAACACCAGGACAUUCGGAGUGGAGCAGUACAUCUUUCCAAAACAGUUCUCGGUGUUUAAUCCAACACUACAUGACAUUGUUCUGGUCAAACUGGCGAAGAAGGACGGGCGAUGUGUGAGGAGAACCCCGUUCAUCAGACCCAUCUGUCUCCCAGACAAAAGCAUGACGUUCCCUGAUGACUACUGCUGUGCUAUUAGUGGCUGGGGACACAUGCAUGAGAAGGCAGAGGGUUACUCUAGUCUGCAGGAGGCUGGAGUGAGACUGAUUUCUCAUGACGCUUGUAGGAAGCCAGAUGUUUAUGGCAACCAUGUCACUGCUGACAUGAUUUGCGCGGGGCUCAACGGCUGUGUCGACGCCUGCCAGGGCGACUCUGGGGGCCCUCUGGCUUGUGCGAGGAAUGAUGUCAGCUUCCUGUAUGGGAUCAUCAGCUGGGGAGAGGGCUGCGGCCGCUCUGGAAAACCGGGUGUUUACACCAAAGUGGUCAACUAUAUCGAUUGGAUCAAUUCAGUGAUCAGACGCAAACCCAAGGCGUCAUGAAUGAACAUUACCUGGAAAUUAGCUUUAAUAUAUGUGAUAUUUUACUAUAAUGUAUUCGGUUUUUAUUUGUAAUGCUUGUGGAAGUUUAUAGGUUAUCUUUUUUAACUGUGAAACAUUGUGAGACUGAAUAAACCGUUACUGACUUGA